AUCUUCCUGGAUCCAUUUCACUUUAUUUAUCGUAAUGUCUGGCAAACAAGUGCGCGCCGUGUGAUUUUGUUUAGCUGAUAAUGGUUAUAGAUAUCGGCUAGUGAUUGCAAUUCGUUUUUAUCUGGAGCCACGGACGCUUUUUGUCCGCCACGUUUCGUCACACCAGUCAACGGGGGACAACCGUCGGAAAUAGGUCAUGCCAGUGCGACGCGUUCCGGUAUGGCGCCGCCGAUUUGCGACAUAUCGUUCGACGAGAACUCGCACGGCGUCUUCCUUGCGGGGCAAACUCUCGCCGGUCAGGUGGAUGUAACCGUUCCGAAGGUGAAAAAAGUGAAAAGUGUUUACCUGAAGAUAAGCGGACAGGCCACUGUGAAAUGGACCGAAAGUGUGGGAAGCGGUGUGAGUGUGGUCUACAGUGGCCGUGAAGAAUAUGUCAAUCAUGUGGUGGUGCUUAUGGGAUCCGCGGAAGAAGACGAAAUGGAACUAACGGAAGGGUUACAUAAAUUUCACUUUUCCUGCAAACUGCCACCGAGUAGCCCAACAUCGUUCGAGGGAGAUUUCGGAUACAUACGGUACACAAUCCGCAUUGUAUUUGAAAGGCCAUGGAAGUACGAUUUAACAUACAAGAUAGCAUUCACCGUUGUUAACCAGCUGGAUUUGAACAAAAUUGCGCCACCUUUGAAUGUCGCUACCGUGCGGGAGAACAUGAAACAGUUCAGCUGUGGGCCGUGCAGAUCGGCACCAAUGAUCAUGACAGUAUUUAUUCCCAUGAGUGGCUAUGUUCCGGGACAGUUGAUCCUAGUCACCGUCGAUGUUACGAACAAAAGUAAGAAGGACAUAGGUGAGAUUAAAAUAAAACUUCGCCGGCAGGUGAAGUACGUUAGCCAGUCACCAAGUGAAAGGACCAAAGACGUAUUCUCUACUCUAGUUAAGUACCAGUGCUGUGGUGUAGAUCGAAAUAAAUCGGCCGGCUAUCAAAGACGGCUGCUCAUUCCUCCCGAACCACCAUCGCGAUCAACGAACAUAGUUCGAAUCGAAUAUUUUAUCGAAGUCAUUGCCAAAGUCCCCGGGCUGUACACGAGCCCUAGAGUAAAAAUUCCGAUCACGAUUGGUACGGUUCCGUUGGCCAAUCUCAACAAAUCUCAGGAACAAUCAUCAAUCGUCGAUGGUCAGCUGAAGGGCUCCGGAACGACGGCCAAUUUUCCCGCACAGUUCCUAUCCAGCAGCGCUCAAUCGCUUAAAAUACCACACAGUUUCGAGGAAUCGCUGAGCCGGGCGAAGAUUAACAUUCACGAGGACGACGAACAGCAGACACUGGGAGCGAAACCUUUCACCCCGCGAUAUCCGGUUUACAAGUUUGAACAACCGGGCAACGAUAGCUCACGAAAGGCAUCCAGUUCAACCAGCUGAAAGUUGUUUGCAAAAUCGCGGAAGGGCACACUUAAUGGAAUAAUUGCGUUGUGACACUUAUCGGUGAAAAUAAAAAUAAAAAUAAUAGAAGCGCUAUCUUGCUGCUGGUUCUUAUCGGCUUUCUUGGUUUGUUUGGUAAUGAAAUUCUGUUCACCGAUUUCAAAGUGCCUACGAGUCAAGGUGGGUGUGCCGAGAAAAGUAUCACCAAUUGUACAUAUGUACUAGCUUGUUUAGAAAUGUCAAAGAAAAGUUAUUGAUUAAAUAAAAAUCACCUAAUACAAAUAUAAGAAAAUGAUGCAUCAGAUUUUUUACACUUAUUUCCGGUAUCGGAAUAGCCGAGUAAAUAUGUAUGGCCAAAAAAAAGAUUUUUCAGAGACGUAUUUCAUCAGGCUUGAAAUUUCUAACUCCCUUCAAUCUAUAAUUAUAAAACCGGACGUCGGAUCUAACCAUAACUAUCCCGUAGAAAUUGUCGUGAAUUUCGUUAUUUUACAGUUUUAGGUCAUCAUUUCCGGUACUUCCGGAACUUGAAACCGGAGACCGGUAUAGCCAAAAAUUUAUAUAGCCACUAAAAUCACUAGAACUCUCAGGAUAAAAAAAGUCAGAACUCUUCUUAAAAGGGCCUAAUGCCAACUGUGAGAAAACACACGAUAUUUUUAGAACCAGUUUGGUAUCAAUUUGUCUUUAAAAAUUUUUGGGUCGUUUUCGUUUCACAUUUAAAAUUUUACUGUAAGGGUAAUCUGGACUGGCCCUUAAAAAAAUCAGAUGCACAACCGAUAAAACACUAACUUCACAGCGUUAUGUUAACAUAUAUUGGAAUGAAACCAGUGUUACUAGAUUUUCCAUAAUAGUUAUUUCAUUAGUAUUUAAGGAGUAAGACUCUUUGCAAGCGCAUGAGGAAUAUGAACUAUGUGUACGUGAAAACAAAUUCCUGCGCUUCUUUUCCUGCUUUUGAUCAACAAAUCUUCCAUAUGGUUGAAAAAUAAACCAAUCCGAUCAUUCUGCUUGAAAUUGCAAUUCAAGAAAAGUGAAAAUCUUAGUCU